AUGACCAGCCUGUGCGCAGAACAUGUUCGGAUGAGCGUGGCCAACAUCAUGGUUCUCAUGCCUUGGUUUGAGAAAGAUGCAGACUUCCAGCUUGAGGUGUUGAGGGAGUGUUUGCUAUGGCUGCGCUUCAUGUGGUCUGACACGAAGGGGUAUCGGCAACUUGGCUGCAAGCGGCUGGGCGCUUGGGCAUUCUGUAGGACCCGCACUCCUGCGAAGAGGCUGGGCUGGGAGCCUCCCCCAGAUUCGAAAGAGAUGAAGAUCCCUCAGUAUUUGAACUCCUGGGUGGAGCCUGAGGCGCUGUGGGAAUUCAAUGACCACAUGGAGCGUACCAACGCUGCAAAGCUGGUCGAUGCCGAGGUCGGAGAGCUUGGUGAUCGCAACAAAGCCUGGCAGAAAGAAACCUUGAAAGCGGACCCUGAGUUCUUCAAACGCAUCGGCCAGGGGCAAGCACCAAAGUACCUUUGGAUCGGGUGUGCAGACAGCCGCGUGGCCGCCGAAAACUUGAUUGGUGGAAAGCCCGGAGAGCUGUUUACGCACCGUAACAUCGCCAAUAUGGUGGUGGCAACGGAUACCAAUUUUCGCUCUGUGCUACAGUAUGCAGUGGAUGUGCUGCAAGUGCGUCACAUCAUCGUUUGUGGCCAUUACGAUUGUGGUGGCAUCAAAGCGGCUUGCUCUGUGAAAGAUCAUGCGCUGCCUCUCGAGAGUUGGCUCUCAGGGAUUCGGGACGUCUACCGGCUCCACAGAGAAGAGCUGGAUGCGAUUGACUGCCCUGAUGAGCGCCACAAGCGCAUGGUGGAGUUGAACGUCAUCGAGCAGUGCCUGAAUCUCUUCAAAACCAGUGACAUCCAAAGCCGCCGGCGAUACACCGCCUCGCGGCCCGAGGAGUUUGGCUGCGCCCUGCCGCGAGUCCAUGCUAUGGUCUUCUCCCCAGCCGAUGGCAUCCUGCGGAGGCUGAAUGUGGACUACAAGAAGCACUUGGGUGACUCCAUUGACGUGUACCACUUGUACGACGACCCCUUGCUGGACAAUACGGAUUUGGAUGAAGUGAUCCCAUGGCUACGCACCGAUAUUCAGAGGAACGGGAUCAUGAUCACUUCCUCUUACAGGUUAGACUCCAAGGACAGCUGUUCUUGGGUUCUCAGUGCCUCCAUGGUGCAUUGGCCCUUGAGAGGAUGUGGCCAGACGGCAAGCCAGUGGAGGCUGGGUCUCGGCCUCUUCAGAUCGACUUUCGACUUUCGACGCUUCAAUGCAUUGCUGCGGGGUUUUAGUGGAAUUUGCUUCAUCUACAGGCGUUCCUUCAGAUUUCCGGAUCCCUUCAAUGCGGAGCUCGCAGCGCUGGGCAUGCUGCAGACUGAUCAGGAACAAGCGCCCUUGAAAAGCGGACGACCCUACCAGUUCCAGGUCACCGCCUAUGGCGCCAAGGGCGAGGUCUUGGGAGCCUCCGCUUGGUCUAUGCCCACCAGCAUCGAGCGAAAACGGAGAUUUACGGAAUUGCCCUUACUGCUUUGGCGAGGCUUGUGUGGCAUUCUGCCGCCCAGCACUUUCAAGUACUUUUUGAAGGAGCACUGCGUCGUCCUUUCCAAGGAGCCAAGCAUGGUUAUCAAGUUCAAGAGGAUUUGCUUGUCAGUCUGGUCGAAAGCUCCAGAGUUCAGUGGCAUUGGGAAGAACGGUGAGAGCCUGAACCAGCAGGUGCAAGUCUACUUCUCGUCCUGUAGCGAGAUGAAGGUGACUGAGCCGGCGAAGCUGGACCGGAGCCGAAGGCGAGAGAAGCCCAUGAGUCAGGUCUUUCCCAACUCUGAUCGGGUGAACGCUGAAGACAACAUGAUUGUGGUGUUGGACGCCUUCGCACAGGACAUCACUUUAAAUGUUGGCCUGGCGGGUGUUUCUGAAGGCCCCGAGCUGAAAGAACCUCCCGAAAAAUGGAUCCUCCAUAGCAACUACGCCAUAGAAGACCUUGAGGAGGUCUACAAGCUGCGAGAAGCGAAUGGUGACCUGCAAGAGCCGGCUGCCUUGCAACGUUUGUUUGGCCAGGGCUAUGCCUCGUAUGUUCUGGCUUCUGUUGAGGAGGACAUCGUUGCUUGUGCGCAGCUAGGUCGCUUAGCUGUUGGUGGCUACUUCGUGCUGCGGUGUGACUUCGUGAUCAACACGGUCCUGGUCAAACCUGAGUUCCGCCGGCAAGGUUUGGGUCGUGCUCUUGUCGAGGAGUUGCUCCAUCGGCUCCCAGGAGGCAAAGAUCCCUUCAGCGCGUGGGCAGUGGUAGACUCCGAAAACCAAGCAGCUGCUGAUUUCCUCACGGCACUGGGUGCCGAACGCCGAGGCUGCACUGAGAGUGAGACCGGCGUUUUGGAGUGGAUGAGAGAGGGCGAGGAGACGGUCGUCGCCCGCUGGGAGCAUUCCUGGGCUCAUUUGUUGGACCUGCUAAGGUACUGCAGAGCUGAACAGGAGCUCACCGAUGAAGUGGUCUUACGUGCAGGCCUGAUGCCGGUGGCAAUGCUGUCAGCAAAAUUCGAGAUUUGCAAUACCAUGCUUGCCUCCACUGCACGCCAAGCUCUUGACCAUUUGUGGCACCACCCGGUGCGCCGGCGCGCACACUCGUGGCACGGAAGGUGA